UCAUUGUUCACCCUGUUUCAGCCAUGGCCAAAAAGGACUGUUCUGCUGGUCAGAAGUGGGACAACCUAGUCAACACCUGUGUCUCCAGUGAGACAAAAACUGGACCUCAGCCCGAACCACCAACAGAGCCACCCCUGGCUGUUGUGGACCAAGUGAGAGACAGGGCCCCCUCUACCCAGGCCGACCCAGUGAUGGUGCUGAGUCAGGCUCUUUGGAUCCUUGUGGUGCUGGCAACAGUGGGGUCCAUCUUGGCUCUUGCUCUGUGGUUCAUCAUAUAUAGACGACAGAGCAGACUCAGAAGCACCUCAGAGGACACAGAGCCAGGACAGAAGCCUCUCCAGAAAACAGAGCCACCUGCCACUAUCCACCCACUGCCUUCAGAAAGAAACUGUCAGGCAGAGAUGUUUCAGAGAGCGGCAGAGGCCCUGUCACCCUGUCCUCACCUGCACCUUGGGGCCCAAACAGGCUCAAAAUGGGAGGAGGGUUUCAUCACUUGCAGGGGCCCUGCAAAGCAUGCUGGGACAGAGGGGGGCGGAGGGCUGCUUGCAUGCAGCACAAUGAGGGAGCACAGGAUCCCACUUCCUGCCACAGAGCUCGGUGGAACUGCGUUAGUUACAACUAAAACUGUAUAG